AUGACAUCAAAUAUUGUGUCAUCAAUUGGCAGUAAUUCAUUUACCAAAGUAUUCAGUAACAGUGGUAAUGAUGCAGUUAGUGGAUUAAUUCUUUUAGAGGAUAGCUUAGAAUCACCAUCACAAAAUUUAUUAAAUCAUUUAUAUUCAUUAUGGUUACCAUUAAAUUCAAAGCAACAUAGAAAUAUAUGGUUUUUAAAUUUUAGUUCAACAAUUUCAGAAUAUAAAGAAUUAUCCAAAAAAUAUAAUAAUUGUAAUUUUAUUGUCAUAGAUUAUUAUUCAGAUCCAUUUGGUUGGAAUAACAAUAAUAAUAAUACAAUAGAUUAUAGCGAUAAUUUAAUUCAAAUACCAAUGGUUUUUAAAUCAACAGAGCAUGAUACAAAUUCUAUUGUAAAUACAAUCCAAAAUGUUUAUAAUUGUGUACCAAGUAAAUUUAAAACAAACCCAAUUAUUUUAAUAAAUACAAUUUCAACAUUAGUUUUAAAGAAUGGAUUAUCACAAACAUGUAAUUUAAUUAGAACAUUAACCAAUUAUAAUUUUAGUAAACAACCAGAAAAGGUAGAGGCAGAAGAAAAAGAAAAAGAGAAAAAAAAUAAAAUGAAAUUAAAGAAUAAAAUAGAAACUGGUAUUGAAGGUAGUGUCAGUAAUAGAAUUAAAAUGGAAAAGAGUUUCAGUUGUAUUUUUGCAAUUUUACACACAGAUCUUCAUGAGUUUGAACCAACAGUACAAAAAGAACUACAAUAUAUUUCAUCAGUAUCAAUCCAAGUUACACCAUUAUCAGCAAAAAUUAAAUUCUCUGAAAAUUUACCACAUCCAUACGAAUCAACUAUUACAUUAAUCACCAAGAAACGUUCAGGUCGUGUUGUUAGAAAUAUUGAAUACUAUUAUAUUAACGAACAAACUGGUAAAGUCGAAUUUGACUCUGCAGAAUCAUUACAACUCAAACAAGAAGAAUCUGAGCCAGAUCCAACUCAAAAUCUUUCAUUUAAUCUUAAACUUACAGACGAAGAAAAACAAGCAAGAGAUUCUGUAGUUUUACCAUAUAGACAUCAAGGAAACAAUGAACAAACUUUAAUCAUUGAGGACCCAGAUGACGAAGAUUUCGAUGAUGAAGAUCCAGAUGACGAUUUAGAUAUUUAA